AUGCAUUGCGACGUGAAGGACGCCGAGCGUUGCCUGAGAGCUUGUGUCGCCACGGUUCUGGUUAAAUCGGGUGCUUUGGCGUGUCGACACGUUUAAAGAAGCGCUGUGAAGCUUUGUGUGUAUAUAAAUCUUUAACAAUACCGAAGGGGUGUAGAAAGCGUCGUGCGACUGAAGUUUAUCUUUCAUGGCUUGAGUUUUGGCCACCAAGCAUCACGAGGGCCGCCGGAGGAGGAAGGGUUGUGUUGCUGUAGCGAUCCUGUCGCAGCAGAAUCGCAACCUCGUCGUUAUUCUGGUGUUUUUAUCUGAAAAACGGCCUUUCUGGAGGUUUUGGUUCCUCAGUCUGGGACGCGUUUCUCGGUGAAAGUAGCUGCCGAUCAGGAAAGCUGACGGGAUGUCGUCGGAGGAGUUUGAGAAACUUCACGAGAUGUUUAAAUCAUUACACGAUGAACUGAAGCUGAUUCCCGAUCGGGUGGUUCGGUGUCAUGGAGAGGAGAAGAAGAAGCUGGUGAGAGUGUUUGAUGAACGCCUUGGAGAGGCAGAGGAAGUGCUGCAGGGGAUGGACCAGGAGCUGUUAGGGGCGCCGGCCUCCUUCAGGAACCCCAUGUCCACUAAAAUCAGGCUUUACCGCAGAGAUCUGGCCAAACUGCAGCGAGACCUGCGCUCGGACACAGGCCUGGGCUUCUCCAGCCGGCCAGGAGACGGCAGACGCAGCGUCUAUGGCUCACAGAAUGAGCACAGUACUCAGCUGCAGGCCCAGCGAGCUUUACUAAUCCAGGGCACGGAGUCUCUGAAUAACGCCUCACAGAGCAUCGAGCGCAGCCAGCGCGUCGCAGCCGAAACUGACCAGAUCGGCACCGACAUCAUCGAGGAGCUGGGCGAGCAGAGAGAGCAGCUGGACCGAACCAGGGACAGGCUGGUGAACACAGGAGAGAACCUGAGCCGCAGCAGGAAGAUCCUGAGAGCCAUGUCCCGACGAUUGAUGACCAAUAAGCUGCUGCUGGGCGUCAUCAUCAUUAUGGAGUUAGCCAUACUGGGAGCUGUGGUCUACCUCAAAUUCUUCAGACACUAGACGGCAUGGGAUAAACGCCUAACACUGAAAUCUGCUCUCUCUCUCCCUCUUUCUAUCUCGCUGUAUAAAUCUCUUCCCUCUCUCUGUCUCUGUUUCUCUCUCUCUCUCUUUUCUCUGUCUCUCUCUCUUUUUCUGUCUUUAUCUCUCUCUAUCUAUA